CCAUCGUUAACCGUUAUAGCAACACACCAAUUCUUGCAACAAAGGUGAUACAAAGCAAUUUGGAAAGACAAAGGGAGAACAAUAUGAGAAGAAGAGGGUCUUUUGUUCACUUUCUUCUACUAAUGGGAAUUGUCACUAGCAAUAACAUAGUUCAUGGGCAACAAAUAGAGGCACAAAAUGCCACUAGAACUGCUAAUGGGAGAAAUGACUCACAUGUAUCAGCAUUGUAUGUAUUAGGAGAUUCCUCUGUUGAUUGUGGACAGAACACUUUGUUCUACCCUCUACUUCACAGUCGCUUCUCGUUGUUUCCAUGUAAUGGUUCGGAUGCCACCCUUCUUCCUCAACUUCUUGCUGAGGAGAUUGGAUUGAAAUCAAUCCAACCAUUUUAUGGUCAAAAUGGAUCACUGGAGCAGGUUCUUGGUGGUCUCAACUUUGGUUCAACACAAGCAACAAUCAUGAACCAGGGAAGCUACAGUCACCAGUCUCUUACCCAACAAUUACGCCAAGUUUCUGAGAGCAUGCAGCUGUUGCAACUGCAACUGAACAAGGACACUGCUCUCCAAUUUACCAAAUCUUCCAUCUUUUUCCUCUCAUUUGGCAAAGAAGAUUACAUUGAUCUGUUCCUAAACAGCUCCUCUAGCCCAAUGUUCAACCACAGUUCCCAAAAUUUUGCUACCAUCUUGGCCAAUCAAAUGGCAAAUGCUGUGAGGUAUCUUUAUAAUGCAAAUGCAAGGAAAAUCAUAUGUUUGGGAAUCAUGCCUUUGGGAUGCACACCAAGGAUAGUCUGGGAGUCCAAUGUCACAGCCAAUGGGAGUGGUUGUGUGGAACAUGUCAAUGAGUGGGUCUUGGAGUACAAUAGAUUGCUGGAUGAACAUGUAGCCAAGCUUAAUACUGAACUUCAUGAUGCUAAGAUAGUGUUUUGUGAUGUGUACAAUGGAAUGAUGGAGAUUAUCAACAAACCAGGACAAUAUGGUUUUGAAGAUGCAAAGAGAGCAUGUUGUGGGCUUGGUUUGAAUGGAGCAAUGGUAGGGUGUAUGUCCAUGGAUAUGGCUUGCAAUCAAUCUUCAACUCAUAUUUGGUGGGACCUUCUCAACCCUACACAAAAAGUGAACUCCAUCUUAGCCAAUGCAACUUGGUCCGGCCAACCAAUCCCUGGUCUUUGCCAUCCCUUCACCAUCCUUGAAUUGGUGAAUAUGAAAGUCUAAGAACUAUUUAGCACAAUGUUUGGAAAUCCUCUAUUACUCUCUUAGUAGCUUCUGAAUUUCAAAAGGCUUAAUUGCAACUUUGGUCCCUGACAUUUAUAAAAGCCACGAUUUUGGUCCCUCACCUAAUUUAAUUACAAAAAUCGUCCCUCACCUAACACUCUGUGAACAAAGUUGGUCCGACCGUCAAUUUUUUAACGGAAGAAGCUUAUGCGGUGUUUGAAAACUUAGGUGGAAGUGCCACUGGAGAGAGGGAGGCACAUGCCUCUACAUCUCAGAGGAAAAAACAAAAAAACUCAGAGGAAUAGCACACAACCUCAAUCCCAGCGUUCCAACAACUAGGCCUCCCAACAGCAAAGCUUCACUAUGAGAUAAAAAAAACAGCCGAGAGGAGAGGAAAAAUUGAUUCUGACGCCAGUGGCACUUCCACAUAAGCUUUCAGACGCCACGUAAGCUUCUUCCGUUAAAAAAUUGACGGUUGGACCAACGUUGUUCACGAAGUGUUAGGUGAGGGAUGAUUUUUGUAAUUAAAUUAGGUGAGGGACCAAAAUCGUGGCUUUUGUAAAUGUCAGGGACCAAAGUUGCAAUUAAGCCAUUUCAAAAUUGAUUCUAAGACACAAAAGUUGAUCCAAACAUGCUAUUAAGGUGUAACACUAGAUUUGAUGUUACAAAACUUGCAUAAAGACACUCCAAUUCUAUUGCCCAUAUUGUUUUACAAGAUCCAUAACCCCAUUCACUGCUAGGUUUGUUUUCACAGAAUCAUUUCUAUAUUAUUUCUAUAUUAUAAUACUAAAAGCAUUGUACUAAACUGGGUUUUAGUGCUAACAGUAAC